AUGCCGUCUAUUCAGGUUGGCCUUGCCGUGGGCAAUGGCACUGGUCCCGAGCUGACAGUCAUCUUUGAGCGUGUUAUUCAAUCGCUGGCUGCUCGCUACAAUGUCAGCGUCACCUUCCUGCGUUCCCCACGCAUCUACAAUUCCUACUCCUCGCUAUUAGCUAUCAACGACACGGACGCCGUGACGGAAGAAACAUUGGCAGACGCUGCCCACUAUCGCCAAUUCUGCAGAGAAGCCGUCUCAUGCGGCGUGCGUGCGAUAUUCCGCACUUCGAUCAGCGCGCAAGCCCUCUAUCUCGUCCGCGAGCAGCUCCAAGCGAUCAAGAUCGAACACUUCACUCUGAGUCCCACCUCGUCGAUCCUCCUCGUCCGCGACCAGGCACAGGGCUUCUACUCGGGCACCAACAGCGUCAACACCAGCAAGGAUGCCGUCUCCCGCACCGCGCACUUCAGCAAGGCGGUCUUCACCCGCAUCCUCUCCUUCGCACUCGUGCGCGCGAACCAGCUCUGGGGAGGAACCAACUCGGUCACCAUGGUCUACAAGUUCCACCUCUUCGACGGACUGUUCCACACCUGGGCCACAGAAUGGGAGCGGACCUUCGGCGUCCGUAUCCGGUUCGUGCAGGGGGACACCAUGAACCGCGAUCUGCUAGCCUUCGGGGUGAGCGGCCACAAUCUACUCAUUUCCGGCAACGAGUACGCAGACAUCAUGCAGACCAUCCUGCUCGAUAGGUUUGGGCUAGGAGCGCAGGAGUCCGCCUGCGCGGAGAACGUCUAUCUGCACCCGGACGUGUGGGGCCUGAGCGAGUACCAGACCGCCCACGGAUCCGCGGAUGAUCUGGUAGGGAAGGGCAUUGUGAAUCCGACGGCGACGAUCCGCGCCGCGGCCGCUGUGCUAGAGGAUCAGGCGGGCUGUGCGGGUGCGACACAGAGGGUCGAUUACGUGUUGGGGGAUUUGGGGGCCAAGGGCAUUCGGACGCCUGAUCAGGGAGGGACCGCUACGACGGAGGCCUUUGUGGAGGCUUUUCUGCAGGGGUUAGGUCAGCCACUGGACGCGCACAACGGCGCGUCCUCCUGGUUUUCGGGGGAAGCGAACGGCUGUGGUGGUCGUGGAUUUCCAGAACGAUUUUGUCACCCAGUCCAAGCACCAAUCGGCCAUGGCACGGGUGGCAGCGAACAUCCCGCGAGUGGGGAUGACCACUUUCAAGGCCCUAGCUGGCGCCAUCGGAAUCAGAUGCAGGGGCGACAGCCCUGGUGCGUGCAGGGGACAUGGGGCGCCGAGGUAUUCGGUAGUGUUUCUGUCCAAGCGGGCGAGCGCGUGUGUGACAAGAAAGCCAAGUUCGACCCGUUCCUGAGCGAGGAGUUUGCGCAGUAUAUCGCUGUUCGGGGAUUUGAGGAGCUCGUGGUGGCGGGUUUGUACACGGAUGUGUGUGUGGAUGCAACGGUGCGAGGAGCGUUUCAGCGGGGACUGUGGACCACCCUGGUGAGCGGGUGCACGGCAGCAUUGCAUUUCUCGGAGGAACAGAUGCUGGCUUACAUGCAACGGGUGUAUGGCAGCGACGUGGUGACGAUGGACGAUCUGCUGGCGACAGGGAAGGAGAACGGCGCAGUCUCGAGCAGUGGAUAA